GCCCCGGCCCGCAUUGUGCCCGGCGCGCGGCGGGAGCCGGGACGCGCGUCGCGGGUUGAUGGCUGUGUUCCAGUUGGCCACACGAUCAGAAGCCUGACCUCCGCAUGGUAGAGCUUACUGGGGACUGAGAACUCCUUUCUACACCUGUGAGCCCGGAGGACCAGGAGGGCUGGUACCAUGAGGGGUGACACUCUGAACCCCAGUCUGCCACCUAGCAUGUGAGCACCUGCGGAGGGCGCAUUCGGAGACCCCGAGAAACCGCUUCAGUUUGGGAUGGGGUUUGGGGCACAUUCUCAUAUAUGAGACCCUGAUGGCCACCCCCAGGGGCAGGUGCUGAUCUAUUUCCAGCCCCAGUUCAUCCUGCCACCAUUUCCAAGCUCAAUAUCUAAAUGCCACACUGCUCUUGGGGCAAAUCGGGCUGGGAACCACUGUUGCCUUUUAAGACCAUAAAACCAUGGGAAACGCAGAAAGUCAAAAUGUAGAGCAUGAGUUUUAUGGAGAAAAGCACCCCAUCCUGGGGCGCAAGCACACGUCGCGCUCGCUGCGCCUGUCACACAAGCCUCGGAGGACCAGGCACUCGUCCUCGGGCAAGGUGAUCCACCGCAACUCCGAAGUGAGCGCCCGCUCCAGCAGCACCCCCAGCAUCCCCCAGUCCCUGGCCGAAAAUGGUCUGGAGCCUUUUCCGCAGGAAGGCACCCUAGAGGACUUCGGGAGCCCCAUCUGGGUGGACCGAGUGGACAUGGGCUUGAGACCGGUGUCUUUCACGGAUUCCUCCGUCACCCCCAGCGUGGACAGCAACAUCGUGCUCACAGCCACCUCUGUGCAGAGCGUGCCAGACUCGGAGCAGAGCCGGCUCUACGGGGAUGACGCUACAUGCUUGGCAGAGGCAGGCAGGAGGCAGCGCCCCUAUACCUCCAACGGGCCCGCAUUCAUGGAGACGGCAAGCUUUAAGAAGAAACGCUCCAAAUCAGCAGACAUCUGGCGGGAGGACAGCCUGGAAUUCUCACUCUCUGAUCUGAGCCAAGAACAUUUAACAAGCAACGAAGAAAUCUUGGGUUCCGCGGAAGAGAAGGAGAGCGGGGAGACUCGGGGGAUGGAAACCCGCGCGAGUCCCCGGCAGCUCAGCGGCUGUCAGCGUGCCAAUUCCCUGGGCGACUUGUAUGCCCAGAAAAACUCUGGGGUGACAGCGAACGGGGGGCCGAGGAGCAAAUUUCCAGGCUAUUGUCGGAAUUUGGUGUCUGAUAUUCCCGAUCUUGCAAACCAUAAGAUGCCACCAGCUGCUGCUGAAGAGGCUCUUCCGUACAGUAAUUACAACACACUUCCCUGUAGGAAAUCUCACUGUCUUUCUGAAGGUGCCACCAACCCGCCAAUGAGCCACAGCAGCAGCAUGCAAGGCAGAAGAGCCAAAACAACUCAGGAUGUUAACACAGGGGAGGGCAGUGAGUUUGCAGACAGUGGGAUCGAAGGAGCCACCACCGACACAGACCUCCUGUCCAGGCGAUCCAAUGCCACCAACUCCAGCUACUCGCCCCCCUCCGGCCGUGCCUUUGUGGGCAGCGACAGCGGCAGUAGCUCCACCGGGGAUGCGGCCCGCCAGGGGGUGUAUGAGAAUUUCAGGCGGGAGCUGGAGAUGAGCACCACCAACAGCGAGAGCCUGGAGGAGGCUGGCUCCGCGCACAGCGACGAGCAGAGCAGCGGCACCCUGAGCUCGCCUGGCCAGUCGGACAUCCUGCUCACUGCCGCACAGGGCACAGUGCGCAAGGCGGGGGCCCUGGCGGUCAAGAACUUCCUGGUGCACAAGAAGAAUAAGAAGGUGGAGUCGGCCACCCGCAGGAAGUGGAAACACUACUGGGUGUCCUUGAAAGGGUGCACACUCUUCUUCUACGAGAAUGAUGGCCGGUCCGGAAUCGACCACAACAGCAUCCCCAAGCACGCUGUAUGGGUGGAGAACAGCAUCGUACAGGCAGUGCCCGAGCACCCCAAGAAGGACUUCGUCUUCUGCCUCAGCAACUCUCUGGGCGACGCCUUCCUUUUUCAGACCACCAGCCAGACGGAGCUUGAAAACUGGAUCACCGCCAUUCAUUCUGCCUGUGCAGCGGCUGUCGCCAGACACCACCACAAAGAAGACACACUCCGGCUCCUCAAGUCAGAAAUCAAAAAGCUGGAACAGAAGAUUGACAUGGACGAGAAGAUGAAGAAGAUGGGAGAAAUGCAGCUGUCUUCAGUCACCGACUCAAAGAAGAAGAAAACGAUACUAGAUCAGAUCUUUGUUUGGGAGCAAAACCUGGAACAGUUCCAAAUGGACCUAUUUCGUUACCGCUGUUAUUUAGCUAGUCUCCAAGGUGGGGAGCUGCCGAAUCCCAAAAGGCUGCUCGCUUUUGCAAGCCGACCGACGAAAGUGGCAAUGGGCCGCCUUGGAAUCUUCUCUGUGUCGUCUUUUCAUGCCCUGGUGGCAGCGCGCACUGGUGAAACUGGAGUGAGAAGGCGUACUCAGGCUAUGUCCAGAUCUGCAAGCAAACGAAGAAGCAGGUUUUCUUCUCUUUGGGGUCUGGACACUACCUCCAAAAAGAAGCAGGGACGCCCAAGCAUCAAUCAGGUGUUCGGUGAGGGAACUGAUGCUGUAAAGAAAUCUUUAGAGGGAAUAUUUGAUGACACUGUUCCAGAUGGCAAGAGGGAAAAAGAAAUGGUCUUACCAAGCGUCCACCAGCACAAUCCCGACUGUGACAUUUGGGUCCAUGAGUAUUUCACUCCAUCCUGGUUCUGUCUGCCAAAUAAUCAGCCAGCCCUGACGGUCGUCCGGCCAGGAGACACUGCUCGGGACACUCUGGAGCUCAUCUGCAAGACACACCAGCUGGAUCCUUCUACUCAUUACCUGCGCCUGAAGUUCCUAAUAGAAAACAAAAUGCAAGACUACAUUCCCAAGCCCGAGGAGGACAUUUAUGAGCUGCUGUACAAAGAAAUUGAAAUUUGUCCAAAAGUCACUCAGAGCAUCCAGAUUGAGAAGUCAGACACAGCUGGUGAUAAUUAUGGCUUCUCGCUUUCUUCUGUGGAAGAGGAUGGUGUUCGAAGGCUGUAUGUGAACAGUGUAAAGGAAACGGGUUUAGCCUCCAAGAAAGGUUUGAAAGCGGGAGAUGAGAUUCUCGAGAUCAAUAAUUGUGCUGCUGAUACUCUGAACUCAUCUAUGCUCAAAGAUUUCCUCACACAGCCCUCCCUGGACCUCCUGGUGAGGACCUACCCUGAGUUGGAGGGAGGAGCAGAGCUUCUGGAGAGCCCGCCCCACCGAGUGGACGGCUCCGUGGACCUCAGCGAGAGCCCCCUGGCCUUCCUCACCAGCAACCCAGGGCACAGCCUCUGCAGUGAGCAGAGCAGCAGCGCCGAGACGGCCCCGGAGGAGAGCGAAGGACCAGGCGUGGAAUCCUCAGAUGACACCGACCACAGCAGCAAGAGCACGGAACAGGUGGCCGCGUUUUGCCGGAGUCUGCAUGAGCUGAACCCCUCGGACCCCAGCCCGUCUCCUCAGGACCCCACAGCGCCGCAGCUGGCCACCAUGAGACAGCUGACAGAUGCCGACAAGCUGCGCAAGGUCAUCUGUGAGCUGCUGGAGACCGAGCGCACCUACGUGAAGGACCUAAACUGUCUCAUGGAGAGAUACCUAAAACCUCUUCAGAAAGAGACUUUUCUCACUCAAGAUGAGCUUGAUGUGCUCUUUGGAAAUUUAACUGAAAUGGUAGAGUUUCAGGUAGAAUUCCUUAAAACCCUAGAGGAUGGUGUGAGACUGGUCCCUGAUUUGGAAAAGCUUGAGAAAGUGGAUCAAUUUAAGAAAGUGCUGUUCUCUCUGGGGGGAUCCUUUCUGUAUUAUGCUGACCGCUUCAAGCUCUACAGUGCCUUCUGCGCCAGCCACACGAAGGUCCCCAAGGUCCUGGUGAAAGCCAAGACCGACACAGCGUUCAAGGCCUUCUUGGACGCCCAGAACCCGAGGCAGCAGCACUCGUCCACGCUGGAGUCUUACCUCAUCAAGCCCAUCCAGAGGAUCCUCAAGUACCCGCUGCUGCUGAAGGAACUCUUUGCGCUGACGGACGCGGAGAGCGAGGAACACUACCACCUGGACGUGGCCAUCAAGACGAUGAACAAGGUUGCCAGCCACAUCAAUGAAAUGCAGAAGAUCCACGAGGAGUUUGGGGCCGUGUUUGACCAGCUGAUUGCUGAGCAGACUGGCGAGAAAAAAGAGGUUGCAGAUCUGAGCAUGGGGGACCUGCUUCUGCACACCACAGUGAUAUGGCCCAACCCACCCGCCUCGUUGGGAAAGUGGAAGAAGGAGCCAGAAUUGGCAGCCUUUGUCUUCAAAACAGCUGUGGUUCUGGUGUAUAAAGAUGGCUCCAAACAGAAGAAGAAACUCGUAGGAUCUCACAGGCUUUCAAUUUAUGAGGACUGGGACCCUUUCCGGUUUCGGCACAUGAUCCCCACCGAAGCUCUGCAGGUUCGAGCUUUGGCAAGUGCAGAUGCAGAAGCAAAUGCCGUGUGUGAAAUUGUCCAUGUGAAGUCGGAGUCAGAAGGGAGGCCGGAGAGGGUCUUCCACCUGUGCUGCAGCUCCCCAGAGAGCCGAAAGGAUUUCCUGAAGGCGGUGCAUUCGAUCCUGCGUGAUAAGCACAGAAGACAGCUCCUCAAAACCGAAAGCCUUCCCUCGUCCCAGCAAUAUGUCCCUUUUGGAGGAAAGAGAUUAUGUGCGCUGAAAGGGGCCAGGCCAGCCAUGAGCAGGGCAGGUACUGUGGGGAUUCAGACGUUUAAGAUCCCCGUCACCCCCACUCCACUGUAGAACUCAAAUGAGCUUGACCUCAUUGACCAAGAACUAGAUGUGGCCUUGUGGGGCUAACAUUGGGGGUAUGGUUCUCCCCCCACGUGAGGUUCCUUGCCUGCACCUCCUUCCCAGGGAGCACUGGGGACCUCUUCUUUGUCUCUUCCUCUUGCCCUCCCUCACGCUCUCCCUUUGCUGCACUUCUCCCUUGGCUGGGGAGCUCCCCUCUCAUUUGCCAGGCGUGGAGUGAGCGCAUUCCCUUUCUGCGGGGGUUGUCAUAGCCUGCUUCUGGAAUGAGAGUUGCUGCUUUGCAUGAUAGCCAGCUUUGUCUAGCAAAAAGCCACGUGUCACAUCUCAGCAAGGUCAUGGCCUGCCAUCUUGAGAACACGGUGGCUUUGUAGUCCAGAAACACAGUGAUGCCUGUUCUCAGUUAGGAUUCCAGGUUUGGUCUACCAGAUGACAUGUUCGAUUUUUACCCUUGCCUUGUGCCUGCAACUUUAUUUUUAGCUUCAGUGUUAUUUUGGAGAAGCCUUGAGCUGCUGUUGGAAAAGAAGAUUCUAGAGUUUAAAUGGUCCUAGAGUAAAUAUUCUUUUAGAACUUAUUCCAUCACCCUGGAACAGUGAGGAAGGAAGAUCGAUACUCUCACUUGUAAAUAGCAGUAAAAUAUCUCUUGGAAGAAAGAUUUUUUUCAUAGCACAUAGGUAUUCAUGACAUCAAGAUAUUUAUAAAUCCUUUCUUACAAGGCAGCCUAGGAUUUGCAGGGAAGAUUCCAACACAAGAGGUUUCCUUCGCAUUUGCCAAAAGGUUUCUAACCUUUGUCCCAGUUCCCUUUUACCUCUUCUCAAUGGUAUUGAAGAGGCAUGGAGCGAGAGUGAAUAGUUGGAGGUUUUAACAGACAACUUCCAUAGCUUGACAUGGGAUAUUACAUUCUUCAAGAAUCUUCAGUAUAAUUUAAGGGGGUAGCUGUCAUAAAACUGUCCUCCAAAUAGUUCAUAAAUGUUUUAUUAAAAACCCAGUGCAAUAUACAUCCAAUGCAGACUAGAUUCUCUGAGAUAUACCCAGGCUUAGGUCUCCAUGUCCAAUUCCUCAUGGGGUCCUCAUGUGAGAAGACUUUGAUGGACCCUUUACAGCUCACAGUAGAAAAUUUCACCUUGUGCUUGUCUAUUUACUAGGCAGGGAAAGUUUAACGAGUACUGGGAAUGUAUCUACCAACGACAGGAAACUCCAGCCAUCAUUGGCCAAUUUCAGUUGCUCAUCAGUGACUCUAAAUUGAGAGCUGCAUUCCCUUUGAAACUAUGCAUUUUUAGUCCACUGGACACUCAGAAGCUUUCCUGCUGAGAUCCCUGUAGAAAGAAAGCAAAACCACCCUACAACCUACCCCAUCCUCAUGAAACCAGGAGAAGACCUUGAUGUCACGGUCUGUGGGCUUUGGCUGAUGGGUAGACUUUCUGCAUUUUUGGCUGAGAAAAAUUGUGCUGGAGUGGGUCAGCUCAGUACUAGCUGCUCGGCCUUAUCAACCGGCCCUGGGAAUCCUCCAUCACAGAUUGUCUCCUGCACCCAGUGAGGCUGACUGCGCUAUUCAGCAUCCUCGUCAUAAAGGGCGGACAGUCAUGCUUCACUUUGCACUGUCACAAACACCCAGAUUAUCUCUUCUUCCUUUGUUCAAUUUGAAUAGCCCAGGAAAAUCAAUAUCCUGACUCCCUACUUAGUCUGUACAUGUGCCAAUAACGCCGCUACAAUUUUUUUUGUGUUCCAACAUUUUCUUAUGAAAAUUUCCAGACAUAUAGAGCAGCUGAAAGAAAUGUACAUAUUCACCCCUACCAUCUCUAUUCUAUAUUUAAUCAUUUCUCUGUUUCCAUUAUCACAUAUCUAUCCAUCAACUCAUCUUAUUUUUGACGUUUCAAAAAUGCAGACAUUAGUACCUCUAAAUAUUUCAGCAUACAAAUUAUCAGCAGGUAUUUCCAAUAGUCCUAUUUGGAACAGAGGCGGUUCCAAUCUAGGAUUGGAGUGAGCCAGACUCCACCACGGUGGUGUUGAGAUAAAACUGAACAAGGAUUUUUGCGUCUUCCCAAUGGAAUAGUACUCAUUUAUUUUUUCCUUCUUUCUCCCCUUAUUUCCUGGACAUGGUUUUCAUUCCUCUCCUUUGUUAUGUGUUUGAAGAUGGUGGAACACUCUGGAAUGAUGAUGAGAGCUGGUGAGAGUGCAUGGGUGAAGGCAGAGGCAAUUUAGGCCACAGCCCAGCUACUGACCUUUUCCCUGCUGGAUUAGGAAUCAAGGCUACAUUUAGCUAUAAUCAAGAAUAGUCACCUUCCUUCCAGCAGCAAUUUUAAUGGUUUUUAGGGCAUAGGUAUCAGGACGGCAGCUCUGAGUUGGUGUUCUGGAUCCCCCCUCUGUUGGAAAGCCCCCGUGGCCUCUCACCUUCUUGUCUCUAGCGCAGAAGCCCUUCACUUCUGCGUGGGAAGGGGGACGGGCAGCACCUCCUGGUGGACCUCCUUGGGGGUUGUGUGUGUGUGUGUGUGUGGUGUGAGAUUGAUGGAUUGCGUGGUGUCUUUCGUUGGUUGGUUUUUAAAAAUUCCGGCUUCCUAGAGGGCAGUAGGUCAAAGAAUGAACUCACAGAUGAUUUUUCUGGACAGUUUGUCACUUUCCAUAGCACUUUGCUGACCAGCAGCUGGCGUGUUAUACAUUAUUUCUCAUUCCACGCAGGUCCCCAUAUUUUCAUUGAUUUGUGGAAGAGAAGUGGUGAUAUGUGAAACGUAGGCAGGCGGGCCAAGACUCCAGUUUGCCAGCCUCACGGCUCAUGUGGCACCGUCUCAGACAGAGGAGGACACAGCUGGGGGGCUGGCACUGGAGAGCCGCUCUGGCAGGGGUCUCGCUGCCUGAGAGGGACGCCACACCUUAAUCUCUGCAGGUGCACAUUCCCUUUCCGGGGAGACAGUGUAACCCGCACUGUGCUUUGGCGUCCUCUUUUACAAAAGGCUAUUCCAGCGAAAUGACCCUAGGCCAGGCCCCUGGGCCCUCAGAGCAGGGUCAUGGUCAGGGAUGAGGGCAGGAGCCCGCCCCACAGGGGAAACCCGCCUUACCCAUUCCCAGGAGCACAGGGUAGAGAAGGAGCUGAGCACCUCUUCCCCAUCACCCUGGAGACCCGGGCAGUCCUCUCGGCGCCCGUGGCCAGUCCUCCAGUCCAGACAUCUGGGGCCCAGCCUGAGAGUGCCUGGGCCUCAGCCUGGCCUGACACGCCCUUGAGCCUCCCUUCCUGCCCUUGAACUUGCUUUCUGGACUCGCCUCUCAGGUAAAGCAUGGGGGGUUUGAUCUUGUGUCUUUGUGUGUGUGCGCAGUGUCCGCCCCCAGCAAGUCCCUUGGGAGAAGGCGGCGGCGACU